CAAAGAUUUCGAAACAGACACUCUACAGCACGCUCUCCAUCGACCAUUGACGAUGCCCGGCCUGCUCCGUACCGCUUACCUUGUCGCGUGCACACUCACGGUGGUUGCAGGUGCCGCCUGCGAGGUGACAGAACUCGCCAAGCCGCUCGGGCCCGUGCUCCAAAGCGGCAACUUUGCCAAAUGCUCGAGCGAGAGCGGCGUGGCGAUCUCCAUCGCGGGCCCAACACCGAAUGCAACGAGUCUCGCGGCCAUCGCCAAGACGCCCAGCUGCGAUGUGCUCUUCACGGACGUCCAGACCGCGGUCACCAAUGCCAACCUCAACUGCACGGUCGGGAACGUCACCGUGUCAGCCUUCCUUGGCACAUCGCUCUCGUCGUUCUUGACCAACCUCGGGCUCUACCUCGGCACUUCGACGACGCCGGCGCCAACGACCAAGCCGUCGACGGCCACCGUCGUUGCGCUUCCGACCGUGACGAUUGUCGUCGCCACCGCCUUCGUGCUCGCCUUCUAGCGGUCGCUGUUUUAAACAUGACAAUCUUCAUUUACGCAUCGU